AAAAUGAGAACAACCGCGUGUAGGGGAGGGUGAGCUACGCGAGGUUUCCAAGCUCCUUCUCUUUAUCUAUUAUAAUAUUUAUAAACAAACAGCGAAACACAUGAAUUGAAUUGAAUUAUUGGCCUUCUGCAGAUGCUACUCCUUUUCCUUUUUUUAGCUGUCUACUACGUUCAUUAGCUUGACCCAUUAGGUUUUGAUUGCCAAACAAAAUUCAUGGAGGGUCUGAUCCCUCUGGUAUUCAAGGCGGUUCAGAAGACCAAAACCCGCCGCCGCUACCACUGCCUCUCCUCCGGCGCCGCCCUAUCCUACGACAUCUCUGACUUCUACAAACCACCACUGCCUCCGCCUCCGCCUCAUCAUCAUCCGCUACAGGAAAUGAAUGAUUGUGAUAUUAGCAAUGGGGAAUUGGGUUACGCCCAGCACCACCGCCGACACAAGUCCCUCGGAGAUUGUUAUUCUUCUUCUUCUCCCUCAACGGCAGCAGCGGUAAUAUAUACAGAUCUGGGAGGUCCGCCGCUUCCCCUAUCUCAUCCGUCCUCCGCACAGAAUAAUAAGCAGCGGCAGCAACUUGUACGUUUCAGGAGCCACAAUUGCUUUCGUGCGUAACCGGUGCCUUCUCAUAGUCUCCAUCCAUUCUCAAUUUGUAGUUCUAUUCCAGUUCAUCCGUGCAUCCAACUAGUUUAUAUUUAAACAAAUUCAGCUUAUAUAUUGUGUUCGAUCUA